UCACUCUCUUCCAAAAACUUCAAAGAUCUCCAAAUGAACCAAAUUCAUUUCUUCAACCUUACAUCAACCUUCUUUCCAAUGCUGUACUUGGUUUUCUUCACGUUCUUUUUCCAAGCAAGAAAAGUUACAGCCGUGGACGAAAACUUCAGAAUAUGCAGCGUGCCUAGAUAUUGCGGUAAGAUGAACAUAAAGUUCCCAUUCUUCAUCCAGGGUCGAGACGAUCCUAGAUGUGGCUAUCCGGGUUUCGAAAUCCACUGCAGAAAUAACUAUCUGCCAUCGUUUAGCUUUGGUGAUGGUGACUACAUCAUCAAUGACAUCUAUUAUCAUAACCAAUCAUGUCACUUGUCUAGAGCUGUUAGUUUUGAUAAAUAUGCCAUUUGCAGUCAUUCGAUCCGUAAUAUAUCCCUUCCAUCCGACCGGUUUUUACUCCCUUCGCUACAAAAUAAAACGUUUUUGUUCUUCAAUUGCAACCUGUCGUCCUCGCGUGAUCUUUCACGGUACAAUAUUCAUUGUGCUGCUAAAAAUGAAAGUAAUGCGACGUUGGCACUGUUUAGUAACGAUCCUAUGCUGAAUUUCGCUUCGGAAUAUUGUGAUACAAGGGUGGUGGUGCCUGUGGCUUUUACCAGCGGAGAGGGAAGUCUUGAAGGCAUGCUGAAUAGAGGGUUUAUGGUGGAAUGGCUGGCGAGCAACUGUAGCAUUUGUGAGGCGAGUGGUGGUAAGUGUGGAUUUGAUAAUGCUACCAGCCAUUUCAAGUGCUUCUGCAGAGACAGGCCUCACGCUUGGCACUGUACUCCGAAGAACAAGAACGAAUUGAGGUUCAAGCUGGGCCUGGGACUUGCAGCUUCUUCAAUUGUUGGAAUAGUAUUGGUGAUUCUUGCCUUCUACUACUUUAUAAGAAAAUUCUCAUCAGAUAAUAUAGAUGAGAACAUUGAAGCCUUUUUAAAGGAUCAUGAAUGUUUAGCUCCUAGAAGGUAUAGAUACUCAGAUAUUAAAAAGGUAACCAACUCAUUCCAAGACAAAUUAGGUAAAGGAGGCUAUGGGGAUGUUUACAAAGGUAAGCUACCUGAUGGAAGACAUGUAGCAGUGAAGAUUUUAAAUAAUUCACAAAGUAAUGGGGAAGAAUUCAUCAAUGAGGUUGCAAGCAUUAGUAGAACUUCUCAUGUCAACAUAGUCUCUCUUUUGGGCUUCUGCUUUGAGAGAAGUUGUAGGGCUCUCAUUUAUGAGUUUAUGCCAAAUGGAUCACUUGAGAAGUUCAUAUUUCAAGAGAAUAACGAUCGCCGAUUAAAGUGGGAUAAAUUGUACCAAAUUGCAGUUGGCAUAGCUAGAGGGUUAGAAUAUUUGCAUCGAGGUUGUAGCACCCGUAUUCUGCAUUUCGACAUCAAGCCUCACAACGUCCUUUUAGAUGAUGAGUUUGUUCCAAAAAUAUCUGAUUUUGGUCUUGCAAAAUUGUGUCUCGAAAAAGAAAGUGCCAUAUCCAUGACAGGUGCAAGAGGAACUGCUGGGUAUAUUGCUCCCGAAGUAUUCUCGAGAAACUUCGGGAGAGUGUCUCACAAGUCUGAUGUUUAUAGUUAUGGAAUGAUGGUUUUAGAGAUGGUCGGGGGAAGAAAAAACAUUAGUGUUGAAGUUGAUCGAACAAGUGAAAUAUAUUUUCCAUACUGGAUCUAUAAUCGUAUCGAGUUGGAUGAAGAAUUAGGAUUGGAAGAUAUUGAGAGUGAAGAUGAUCAAGAGAGAGCAAGAAAGAUGAUAAUAGUGAGCUUGUGGUGCAUACAAAUUGACCCAUCAAAUCGCCCAACAAUGAGUAGAGUGGUAGAAAUGUUGGAAGGGUUCACCAAUUGGCUCACUAUCCCACCUAAGCCUUUCUUAUCGUCGCCUCCAAGAUCAUAGGCUGCAAACUCCUAAAGUACAUGGUAUGCUGACAUUGUUGCAUGCAUUUGUAUUUGUUCACAAUUUUGGCAAUGUUUAUUAUUGAUGCCGGUGAAAAUAUAUAUGUAACAAAUUUAUAAAAUCGAUAAAUUAGGUGCAAUGGUAAGAGACAUUAUAUUCUCAAUGGGAUAUACAUGUUUGAACCUUGAAGAUGACAUUUUUAGGAGGGACAGUCAUGAACCUCGAACAUAGAUCGUAAAACAGGUAUGAAAAACCUUGAGAUUUUUAUACUUGUAAGCCUCUAAUUAACAAUAUAUUAAAUCAUUGCUGUCCACAUUUUAGAAUACAAUUUUGGCAAUAAAAUUAUUUAAAGGA